GCAGUCAAGAACCAGGUUCAUUUUUCAUUUGUGCUUUCCUCAAUUCGAGAACGAUGCAACGAUCAAUGGCGUUGCGCAGCAAACUCCGAUCACUGGUACUCCACCGGAAUCGCCUUUUCUGCACCUCUGUAGUGAGCACAGACUCCAAAAGCACAGAGAAAACCCGGGCCGUACUCUUCCGCCUCCGCUUCGAGCAAAACCCCGACCGCAUCCUCGACAUCUGCCGGUCCGCCGCCCUCACCCCGGAGUUUCACCUGGACCGGAUCGCCUACUCGAAAAUCGUCUCAAAGCUAAGAGAAUCUAACUACCCCGGGAUAGGGGACUUCAUCAAGGAGUCCAUGGAUCAAAUCGCCUGCAAAUCCGAACGCGUCCUCGCUCACUUCAUCGUCCUCUACGGCCACGCGCGCCUCGCCAAGGACGCCGUCAACCUGUUCGACGAAAUGCCAGCCCUAGGCGUCGAUCGAGACGUGAAGACUCUGAACUCCCUGCUCUUCGCCUGCGACCUGGCCGGAGAAUACAGCGAGAUGAGGAGGGUAUUUCUGGAAUUCCCUCGAAAGUACCAGCUGGAACCGAAUCUGGACACGUACAACAUCGCCCUAAAGGGGUUGUGCGCCUCCGGCAGCGCGAACGAGGCCCACUCCUUACUUGCCGAAAUGGAGAGGAAAAGCAUAAGGCCUAACGCCACGACAUUCGCAACCGUGAUUGCGGGGUUCUACAAGGAGGAGAACUUCGAGAGCGUGGGCAAGAUAAUGGAGUUGAUGAAGAAAUACGGCAUACCGCCGGGUAUUUCUAUCUACAACGUGAGAAUUCAGAGCUUGUGCAAGCUCAAAAGAUCGUCCGAGGCGAAGGCGUUAUUGGACGGGAUUUUAUCGAGGGGUAUGAAGCCGAAUGCGAUGACGUAUAGCCAUUUGAUUUACGGGUUCUGUAGAGAAGGGAAUUUGGUGAUGGCCAAGAGUUUGUUCAAGGACAUGGUUGACAGAGGGUUUGAGCCGGGUGUCAAGUGUUAUUUCACUAUGGUUUAUUAUCUUUGUGAAGGAGGAGAUUUUGAGGUUGCUUUGGCUAUCUGUGAGGAGUGUUUGGAGAAGGGUUGGGUGCCGAAUUUUUCGACCAUGAAAGCGCUGGUUAUGGGGCUUGUGAGCAUUGGCAAGGCUGAUGUGGCCAAGAAAAUCAUUCAGCAGGUGAAGGGGAAAUUCUCGAGGAAUACUGAUACUUGGGUGGAGAUUGAGGAGAAGAUUGGUUAGCGAAAGCUUUGGUUUCUGCGUUUCAUUUUUGUUUUUGAACCAUGUUUUUGUAAUGGUUAACAAAAAAUCGACACAUUACGACAGUGGUGUCUUUAUGAUAUGGGUAAUUUCGUUUCACU